CAUUCAUUCCAAAAAUGCUCAUUAGACAUUUAUAAAACAUCUCCUAUCUACCAACCCAUGUGUUGAACUCUGGAAACAUAGCCAAUGGUGAAUUAGACCACCAUCCCUGACCUCAAGAAAAUCAUAGUCUUUUAAGGAAGUAAAAACUAAACAGAUAAUCACAAAUAGAUCAGGACUGGUAGUCGGGAUGAUGAGACACAGAGGAGGGAGUUACUAACUUUCUGGGGCAGUCAGAGAAGGCAGUCCAGAGCUGUGUUUGUCUCCUCACAAAUAAUCACUGUUAGUAUUCUUUCAAAUAUUUCAAUUUGUAGACCUAUAUAUAAAAACGUACCAUUUAAAAAAUUAGAUCAUACCAUAUUACUUCUCUGCAGUUUGUUGACUUGCUUUUAUGAAAAUAAAUUUCCAUGGCAGUAAACAGAGUUCAGUAAGGAUUUGUAGGAAUUUGCCAAAUGGAGAAUGGUGAGAGGGUAUGAUUGAGGUAAACUGAGUAGGGGUAGAGUGGGGUUGUUUUGGGCAGAGGGAACCUCAUGUACCAAAGACACUGAGAAAAUAGUGUGGCAAGUUGAAGAAGGUUUAAUAGUUGAGUAUGGCUGAAGUAUAUAGAAGGUUUAAGAGAGCUAUGAGUAAAGAAGUUGGAGAGGCUAGCGGGUCAAGAAAGCUGAGAAACCAUCAUGUUAUCCUGAGAUUGUCUAGUAGGAGGUAGGAGUCCUAAAGCUGUCACUGAUAACUAUAGAAAAGACCCCCUCCAGGAAUCUACUUAAGUCAGAAAUUCUCUGGCUCCCCACAGACAUCUUUGUGAUUAUGAAAACAGGUGUCAGGCAGUGUACGCCAGGAUUCUGGAGACCUAGGUUUCAGGGAAGGCUCUACUUUAAUCAGAUCAAAAACUCUAGGCUAGUGAUUUCCCUUCUCAUCUAGAGGAUAAGGGAGGAGGCUACUGUGAAGGGCCAGAUGGUUUUAUAUGGUUCUACCUCUGUCCCCAGGAAUGCUAAGACAGUGAUGGAUCUGAUAGCUGCGAAUUUGCUGCCUCCUGAGGCCCAGCCCCCAGAUAGUCUGCAUCAUGAUCCGAGCUCCAUCUAUUCCAAGUGGCUCAACAACCUCCCUGGACAAGUCAAAGAAAGGAUCCUACCCCAUUUGACCAAUUGUGACUUAUCUGAGCAAUUGAGUGAGGUGUCUGCAGAAUUGAGAAAGGCAAUUCUCAGGAGUAUCUUGGACAGCCAAGACCAAGGUUCACAGUAUCCUUUAGUGGUAAGGUAGUUGUAGCCUCUGUAGCACCAGGCACCAGAGUUCAUAUAAGCUUUUUCAGCCCAACCCCAAAGAGCUGCUAGACCAGCGGCUAUUUUAGGAGGAAGUCCUCAUGCCUCAAGGCCAGAUGAGUAUAAUUACAUCCAUUAACAGUGCUACAGGUAGUUUCCUAGGGGAGGGGAUGGGAAUGGAGCCAGGGAUCGACAGCCUGAGCUCAGAACCCUCGCCGUUCUUCCCUUCACUCGCAGGUUAUGGUGGGCCCAGGUGUGGCUAUUGUGGCGAUCAGUAAUAUCAUCUCUGUGUUUUCUGGAUCCACCUUCUGGGCCAUCAUUACCUUCGUGUUGCUGGUGACCCUGGGGCUGAGCACCGUAAUAGGGAUCAUACAAGGCAUCAUUACCCCUCUCCAGAAUACUUUCUCUUCCCUCAGGGAACAUUCAGGGCUGCUCACAGUGGGUGUCUGUGUGCCUAUGUUCCUGAGCAGCCUCCUCUUCGUGAGGCCCUCGGGCAGCUACUAUGUGAACCUGCUGGAUGAUUACUGGACAUCUCUGCCCCUCUUCUUCGUUGUCAUCUUGGAGACAGUGGCCAUGGCCUGGAUCUAUGGGGCCAGGAGGUUCCUUGCAGACCUGAGUAUCAUGUUGGGCCGACCCAUCUCCCCCGUCUACCGUUGGCUGUGGUGUUUUCUGUCUCCAUUUGUGCUGCUAGUCCUGUUUUUAAGUGCCCUGAUUCACCUGUUUGUGAAGAAAAUCACCUACUUGGCCUGGGAUUCAAAAAGUUCAGAUGAAGUGACCCGAACUUACCCAUCAUGGGCUAAAGUCCUGCUUAUAGCCCUCAUCAUCCUUACCAUCUUGCCUGUCCCUGCCUACUUCUUCUACACCUUCACUGAGGUGACGUCUGCCUCCAUUACCCACAGGAGGGCCACAGUUAUCCUCAAACCUGAAGCUAAAGAGGGCUUACCGAAGGCCCAUCUACGGCUUCAGGUGAAGCAAAGCCUAAAGAAGGUGAAUAAAAUGGAUAAAUAACCAAGAAAAAACUUUCUGCCAUGUGAGUAAUUCCUCUUGGACAUAAAGACUUGGUUCAUCUGACACAGCAUCACUUCUUUAUCAAAGUGGAACUCCCUGGCUGGCAACUUGACGUUAGAAUGGAAGUUUGUACCCCUUGACCAACAUCCCUCCACUUCCCCCACUCCCUAGCCCCUGACAACCACCAUUCUACUCUCUGUUCCUAUGAGUUCAGCAUUUUUAGAUUUCACAUAUAAAUGAGGUGAUGGUGUUUAUCUUUCUCUGACUUAUUUCACUUAGAAUAAUGCCCUCAAGGUCCAUGUAUGUUGUUGAAAGUGGCAGAAUUUCCUUCUCAUGGCUGAAUAAUAUUCCAUGGUGUGUGUGUGUGUGUGUGUGUGUAAUUUUUUUUAUCCAUUCACUCAUAGAGGGACACUUAGUUUGUUUCCAUAUUUUGGCUACUGUAAAUAAUGUUGCAAUGAACAUGAGAGUACAGAUAUCUCUUUGAGGUAGUAAUUUCAUUCCCUCCAAUAUAUGUCCAGAAGUGGGACUGCUGGAUCAUAAGGUAACUUGUACAUUAUUCAUUUUUGAACUGCCUGUUCAUUUCGUAUGCCCAUUUGUCUAUUGGGUUGUUGAUCCUUUUAUGCAAUUUGUAAAUUUCUUGAUAUGUUAGGGAAAUUAAGCCCUUUGUUAUUAAUGUUGAAGCUUUUUACAAGUUUGAUGCCUUUUAAUUUGGUUAAUUUUCUUUUUAUUUUGCCCUACAGAGAUUUUGUUUUUAUAUAGUUAAAAGAAUAGUUAAACUGAUCAAACUUAAUAGAUUCUUAUUCUUAUGUUAUUCUUAGA